UGGAGGAGCAGGACGGGGCUGGCAGUGCCCGCAGCCCAACAUGCUCUUGUUUGAACACCGGCUGAAUGAGAGAGGAUGUUUGCUGCUCUGGCUGCUCCCGUCUGUGCUCAGAGCCCAGCCUAACUGGGACACAAAGCCCAGGUCUACGCCGUGCCAGCAGAGCCCCACCAAGGUGUCUUGUAAAGGAGUUGGCCUGCGCAACCUUCCACAGGAGCUUGGGCAAGGAAUUAAGUACCUCGAGCUCUCUGACAACUUCAUCCGAAACCUGUCGAGCAGCCACAUGCCAGGGUUUGGGCAGCUGGAGUACCUGGACCUGUGCUCCAACCAGCUGGAAGCCGUGUCGGACGCGACCCUGGCUCAGCUGCCCCAGCUCCGCUCUCUCCUGCUGGGAUCAAACCACCUGGACCGCAAUUACCUGGCUAACGGGCGAGCUUUCCGUCUGCUCAGGAACAUCGAGGUCCUGGACCUGUCGGCAAAUAAUCUGGAGAGCCACAUGGCAGGCUGGUACGUCAGGAACCUCACCAGGCUGAGGAUGCUGGAUCUCUCUGGGAAUAAGAUGACCAAGCUGCCAGCCAGCAUCUUCUGGAGUGCGCCAGGGCUGCGCGAGCUCGACCUCAGCAACAACUACAUCAUGGAAAUCGAGGAGGGAGUUUUUGAGUCUCUGGAAGAGCUGGAGGUGGUGAAUUUGGCUUUGAAUUCUCUCCACUGCAUCUCUGGCUUCAGCCUCAGGCAGCUGCGGGUUUUAAAUCUCAGCCACAACGCCCUGGAGCUCUUUGUCUGGGAGGAGGGAGCGGAGCCCUACCUGCUUCAAGUGCUCGACUUGAGCCAUAACAGACUCCUCUCUUUCCCAGAGCUCCCCAAAGCCCAUUAUCUCACCCAUUUAAACCUCUCCAACAACCUUAUUGCUUCCCUGCUCCCAGGAUCACACCAGCCGGAGGAGUUUGUGCUUCCUUACAAGGAGCUUACGAGGUUUAACAGGACCUUGCCUGGCACGGCAGGGCUGACACGUGUCUCUGACUUGGAUCUCAGCAAUAACCAGCUGCAGGUGUUCCCGUUGACCGUCUUCCACGGCCUUGGCUCCCUGCACACCCUCAGCCUGGCCAGGAACUGUCUCCAGGAGGUGGCCGGGGAGGCGCUGGCCGGUGGCACUGAGCCUGGCGACCACUCACCCGCACCCCCAGCGCGCGUCGUCCUCUCCGUGCGGUCGCUGGACCUCCACGGCAAUGCCAUCCGCGUGCUGCCGUCGUGGUUUUUCCACUCUCUGCCUCAGCUGGAAACGAUCGAUCUGGGCUCCAACAGCCUCCAGCCUUGCAAGAGCCACAGGAGCGAUCGGGGGGGGAAUUUGGGAGCUGGGAUGUCACACGUACCAGCCCCGGGAGGCACCUGCACCCCCUUCUACAACGUGCCUCGCUUGAAGCAUCUGAGCCUUUGCAAGAACAACAUCAGCAGGCUGCAGCCUUACGCCUUCCACCGGACCUCGCUGCUCUCCCUAGACCUGUCGGGGAACAGGGAUUUGCUGGUGCCAAAGGAAGCCCUGGGGGGACUGGAGUUGUCCCUGCAGAAACUCUCACUGAGGGACAACCAGAUGGACGACAGCAAGGCAGAGCUGCCCUGCAUGGCCACGCUCAAGCUCUUGGACCUCUCUGGCAAUAACCUGAGCCUCUUGCCCGCGGGGCUUUUCUGCUCCCCACUGGAGAGCCUGGACAUUCGCAAUAACAACCUGCCGAGGCUGGACAAGCCGGUGGGCGCCAGCUGGUCCCGCCGCCUGCAGGACUUGUCCAUCGCUGGAAACCCCUUCGGCUGCUGCUCGCUGGGCUGGCUGGACGCGCUGCGGGCGGCCGGCGUGGGCGUGCGGGACCUGGACCAAACCCUCUGCUCCUACCGGGACGGGAGCAGGAACUUCUCAGCCAAAAUAACCAGCAGCCCUUGGUGGCUUUGUCCACGUCCCAAGGACACCAGCUCCCUGGCUCUGCUCGUGGUCAUGAUGAGCCUUUUGUUUCUCAGCUCCGGGUUUUGCUGCCUUCUCAAGAAAGGCCAGAAUGUGCCGGGGCAUGGGGGACUCUGCAGCAACAGGGCGAGGGUCUUCCCCCUCCAUCCCAAAAUUGAGGAGCCAGCCGAGGUGAAGCCAGCAGAGAACAUCACCAAAGUGUAGCCCGGCCCUGGGGAGCAGGAACUGUAGCAAUGGGUCAAAACUCUAAUUAUUUUUUAAUAAUAUUAAUAAUAUUAUUGUAUUUCAGACCUCCUUCCCUCAACGCUGUCCUUUGUGUGUUUUGCAAACCAAAUAAAGGGAGAGUGGUUGGUGCUGA